CCAGGAAGAAGUUGGGCGGAGGCGCGACAAAGUCGUUUCAUUUUCGUUUUUCUUCGGCGAAAUCUCGUUGAGACGUCGUUAUUCUCCAAGAAAAGAACUACUUCAUAACUUUUUAAUGCAAAUUUAAUUCACACUAGUUACUAGUUACUCUAGUCUGCUAAACUUCUUAUAUUGUACUUGCAGGCCUACUUAGCUAAUUCCACUUGUUGUAGUAAUCCGCCUGUGUGUGCUCCUGGAGAUGGCCGAGGCAUCGGCUCCUGGGUUGCAGCCGGACCAGGCGGAACGGGCAGACGGAGCGGCGGAGGAGGGGGCCGAGGACACCACGGACGCCAAGCCGGCGGAGGAGGGGGCCGAGGACACCACGGACGCCAAGCCGGACCGCAGCGGAAGGUUUCUCCUGUUCGGCAGUAAGAAAAAGAAGGAUGGCCAGACCCAGGAUCAGCAGUACUGUUCUGAAAGCCAUUACAGAAUUAUUUCACCUACAUUCCGCUAUAAGAUGAGCCACCAGCAAGUGGGCAAGUGCAUCAUCAUCAACAACAAAAACUUUGAGGAUAAGACAGGGAUGAAUGUACGCAACGGCACCGACCGAGACGCGGGCGAGCUCUUCAAGUGCUUCAAGAGCCUGGGCUUCGAUGUGUGCGUCUACAACGACCAGAGCUGUGAGAAGAUGGAGCACCUGCUCAGAGCAGUGUCGGAGGAGGACCACAGCGACAGCUCGUGCUUCGCCUGCAUCCUGCUGAGCCACGGCGAGGAGGGCAUGAUCUACGGCACGGACGGCGCCAUGCCCAUCAAGACCAUGACCUCCAUGUUCAGGGGAGACAUGUGCAAGAGUCUAGUCGGCAAGCCCAAGCUCUUCUUCAUCCAGGCUUGCCGCGGGUCCGAGUUUGAUGAUGGCAUUCAGACAGACUCAGGGCCUCCCAAUGAUGCCCUCGAGACAGACGCCAAUCCCAGACACAAGAUACCCGUGGAAGCAGAUUUCCUCUUUGCCUACUCAACGGUCCCAGGGUACUACUCCUGGAGGAACCCGGGCCGGGGAUCCUGGUUUGUCCAGGCCCUCUGCAACGUCCUCAAUGAGUUCGGCAAGCAGCUGGAGAUCAUGCAGAUCCUGACGCGGGUCAACUACAUGGUGGCUACCAGCUUCGAGUCCUGGUCGGAGGACCCGCGCUUCAGCGAGAAGAAGCAGAUACCUUGUGUGGUCUCCAUGCUCACCAAGGAGCUGUAUUUCAACUGACCCCUGGAGGACUCCCAUCCAGAUGCUGACUCCCCCACACUGGCUGACCGACGGACGCUCGGACUCACUGGCUGACUGACUGACACUGGGACUUACAGGCUGACUGACUGACACUGGGACUCACAGGCUGACUGACGGACGCUGGGACUCACAGGCUGACUGACUGACACUGGGACUCACAGGCUGACUGACUGACACUGGGACUCACAGGCUGACUGACUGACAAUGGGACUCACAGGCUGACUGACUGACACUCAGACAUACAGGCUGACUGACGGACAAGUGCUGACAGAAUGAUGGUUCACUGACUCUAAGAGACUGUCUAUCUUGCCAUCUUGACUGACCGACUGACUGAUCUGCUUUGAAAGCCGACUGACUGACUGACUGACAUAUAGACUGACAAAUUGCCCAAGUGGCUUUGUCGACUGUUUCAGGUUCUGACAAAACGGUCAAAAACAUUCAGGGAUCAUUUUAAAGGCCAGCAAGGCGCUGGCCAUGCUGGUUGGCUGCGCCGUGCAUUGCAUUGCAUUGCAUGCCGAGCUGGGUCACAAAACAAGCGCGCCUAACGAACGAAAACCUUUUCCAGUGGCGCUUGCUGUUCACGGCGAUAAUUGCCUCUUCUUCUGCUUAUUCCGCUUUCAGGAACAAUGGCGUCACAUUUGAUCUGAUCUUUGUCGACAGGCGAUGUGAAAUAUCCAUGUUAUUCUACCAAAUCUGCCAACAUUUGCUGCAAUUUUUUGUGGGUUCAGGGAGUCCUCAGUGCAUUUGUAUACAUCGUCCGGUAAUGGAACUCGAUUUUGGAGUUGACUGACUUGAUUCAUGAGUGUGUGUGCAGCAUGGCUUGUGGCUGACUAACUCAGUCCAACAAAAAACAAAAAGCGUUCAAAUGCUGUCUGUCUCGGGAAGGGCGGGUGCAGUGGCUACCUUCCACGCAACAGACUUCCAUUGUGGUCCUAAAACAAUGUUCAAUUGUUGUCCGACUGCUCAUCGAGUCCAGUAUCCAUCCUUAUAAUAAUAAUAAACAAACAGUCUUUCCUUAGGGAGGCUAUGGUAGCCAGCACAGCCCUGGGGCUGGUUUAAGUUUACUUUUUGGGCCACGAUGGAAGUCUAGGGCACAGAAGAUGCAAUUCUACCAACUAUUGGUUAUGCAGAUGUUAAAGAUAUUGUUUCUCUUUAGCGUUACACCAGCGUUUUCACAAUAAGACCAACAUUUCAGUAUACAGACCAAUGAAAGCUUUCUUUCGUCAUCCAAUCUAACGUACCUCCACUGUCCAAUGCUGUAUAACUUAUUGGAACUUAGGGUUAAAUCAGCAACCUUUUCCCUGAGUUAGUGAACAAAAAAGAAGCAAAUAUUAAUCUCUCGCAUUGGGUCCCAAUUUUAAUACAUGAAUAAUGAAGCGCCAACGUGUCCAUGGCCGACUUUUUAAAAUGCACUAGGUGGCGUGAACUUUUUUUCUGUUGGGAAGAGUUAUUCCAUAAACUUGCUUGGAUAAAACAUGAAAGUUCAGUUCAGUUGAAGGUCAGCUGGGUGAUCUUCAGCUGUGCAUUGUUGUUUUUCGACGUUUCUUGGCUGCCAAAAAUAAUUAUUUUGAAAUACUAUAUUGGGACCACAAUAAGUAUUUACUUAUUGUAAAUAAUAAAAUGAAUAUGAUUACAGGGUGUGGAAGAAUAAUUAUAACUCUUAACAAUUAUAAUCGUACUGCCUCGAUACCAUGACACUACUCCUAGUAGCACCGUGCUAGUGAUCUCAGGUUCCUCGUGUGUGAUACUGAACUUUGGAAAUCUUAAAACCAAUGCUUUCAAACCAAGUUUAAACCGAGCAAUUUAAUCCCUUAAGAGAAACUGUCAAACUAAACAUUGGCAGGACAUACCACUUUAUGCUGGGUAUAUCUAAAAGACCAGCCGCCAACAUUUUAGACUUUUCCUAACCUUAUUUUUUCAUCUUACAUUUGACACAUCUCUUACAGACUUUUAAAAACACGGUCAAGUGAAUAAUCUCAUCACAUUGCUGAACCGAGGCUUCACUAUUGCCAAAAGCACAACUGACCACACUGUAUUUAUGUAUUUCAGUGUUUGUCAGAACAGUACUUAAGGCAUGCGUUGCUAUGUAUGUGAUCUUCUAAAGGCUGCGCUUUGCAUUAAGAGUACAGUUAAGCGGAAAAUAAAGUGGAAUUGACAAAAAUAGAUUUAAAAACAAAACAAACACAUUUUCAUUUGCUAUAUUUAUUUCAUACCUUUUAGGCGAUAUUUGCACAACUUUGCCAAAUCAAAAUAUUUAUAAAUGAAACAAAAAAAACUUUGAUUGAAUGGUUUGCUUAUUAUUAUGAUUGUUUUGUGUACCAAUAUUUACCACUUGAAACUUAUCUAAUGACAUUACAUCUGCUGGGGACACAAUGCCCUCACAUGUUUUUGUCCCAAAGUCAUAUUUUUCGUCAAACUCAGAGGCAGCUAUUACUGGUAGUGAUCAGAUCUCGUUCCGUGAACAAUCCACCUGUCAUUUACUGUUUCCACAUUUCCUCAUGAGCCUGAGUCAGCAACUUUCGGAGAAAACUCCACAAAUACGCUUGAAUUAUUUUUUUGCGGUCGUCAUAAUUUAUUUCCUCCUUUUUUUUUGAAAUACUACGGCACCAGUCAUGCAAGCACAGUUACAACUUUCAAAUCCUCUUCAUGCAAGAAUGUGGUUUCUGAGCUGGUGUCCAUUCAGUGCUGAAAACAGUUUUUGCUCCAUGUGUUUUGGAUUGGGGUUUAAUAAAGAAGGAAACAUUUCUAAUUUUUAAAGCUUUCCUGUGUUAAAUGCUAUUGUCCUCAGGAAUACAAUUUGAAAGGAUUUGGAUUAUAUGAUUGGAUUAAAUAAAUAAUGAGGUAUGAUUUGGCCCUGAUUUUGUAAUAUUUUCCAAUGAGGGGCAAUACAACAAUGUUGAAAUGACUUAAAAUCAAAAGAAUGCAUAUGUAAAAAAUAUUUUAUUGUAUUAAACACCAUGAAAGAAAUGCAUUGUGUGUUUCUUUGUUCAAUAAAUAAAAUGUCGUUUAUAAAAGUAAAAAAAUUCGGAACUUGACAUGAUCUUUUUGUGACCAACUCUUCCCCUUCGAUGGACACGCUUAUUGUACCCUACUGGCAUACGUCCCCAUGUAAUUGAAUAAUACUAGCAAAUAUAAGCAAUUUGUUAAGUCAACCAGUUACUCUUCCAAGUU